AUGGAAAUGAAGAACGUAAGUGGGAUUUUGUUGAUUUUUGUUUCACUGCAAGUGAUAUGGUGUGAAGGGUGUUGGGAGGAAGAGAGAGAAGCUCUUUUGGGUCUAAAUUCCCGUUUUGGCUUGCCUUUGUCUUGGCAGUGGGAGGGCACAGAUUGUUGUGAAUGGGAAGGAGUGGAGUGCAACUCCUCCACAGGGAGAGUGACCAAACUCGACAUUUAUGAACUGUGGAAUGAUGGGAUCACUUUAUUAGAUUGGCACAUAAAUUACUCGGAUUUUAUUGUCUUCAAAGAUUUGAAGAGUCUCAACUUGAGCAACAGCUAUGGGGUGGUUGAUUGUGCAGACAAUGAAGGGUUGGAAAAUCUGGAAGUCCUUGACUUGAGUUUCAAUGAUAUGGAUAAUGUCAACGACCUUCUAAUUUGCUUGAAUGGCUUUCCAUCUCUCAAGUCUCUAUAUUUAUCAUACAACAGGUUCGACGCAACAUUCAUCGGUGAGGUUUUUGAAACUCUGUCAUCGAAGUUGUUUAGAUUGGAGGUACUUGACAUAAGUUACAACUCUUUGACUAAUGACAUCUUGCCAUCUCUCGGGGGAUUCACAUCUCUGAAGGAACUGUAUUUGUCUGGAACUGGAUUGGACUCAGAUUUUCAUAUCCCAGAUUUAUGCUCGAUGCUGAAGAAUCUUGAGGUUUUUGACUUGUCCGACAACACCUUCAAUGACAGUGACAUUGCAUCUGCUCUUAGUGGACUUUCAUCUCUCAAGACUUUAAAUUUAGGAAGUAGUGAAUUGACCCCAAGAUCAAUCUUUAAUAUAUCAAAGAUACGGUCUCUGGAGAUUCUUGACUUAGAGAAGAACCAGUUGAAUGAGAGUGUCCUGUGGCGUUUAGGAUUAUUGGCUUUAACCAGUUUGGAGACUCUUGAUCUAAGUUAUAACAGCAUUAACAGUUUUGUUGUCCAUCAAGGCUCAAAAGUUCUAAGCAAAUUGGAUGUCCUUACCUUAGAUCACAAUAUGAUAAACGGAAGCCAACUGAGGGAAUCAUUACGAGCUUUCGCAUCUAUUAGGGUGCUUUCUAUGAGUCAUAAUGAAUUUAUAGGAACAAUUACUGCAGGAGAUUUUCGUGAUUUAAGUAACCUGGAACACUUGGCACUGGACUCUAAUUAUGACCUUGAAAAUGAGUUUUUCAGAAGUAUUGGGGAAUUGACCUCUUUGAAAGUUUUGUCGGUUUUGGGAUGUGAAAUAAAUGGCACCCUUCCUCCUGCUGAUUGGUUUAAACUGAAGAAUCUCGAAGAGUUAGAUCUGAGCUAUAAUAAAUUUGAUGGACCGCUUCCCACAUCUUUUGGUAACAUGACAUCUCUUCGGAUGUUGGAACUUUCUCAAAAUCACUUCAUUGGACAGUUUGAUUCUAAAAUUGCUAGCCUUACAUCACUUGAACAUUUUGGCUUCCAAGGAAAUCAAUUUGAGGUCCCCAUGUCUUUUGCACCAUUUGUCAAUCAUUCAAACCUGAAGUUCAUAUAUGGUGAAGGCAACAAAGUCAUAUUGGACUUACAACCUAGUCUGCAAACUUGGAUUCCUAAAUUUCAAUUACAAGUACUGAGUUUGCCUUCAAUGACUGAGACUAAUUCUCUUCCGCUUCCCAGGUUUCUUCUUCAUCAAAACAGCUUGACUAGCUUAGACUUAAGUAGUUGUAGGUUGGAAGGAGAGUUUCCUCACUGGUUGUUUCAAAACAACACAAAGUUGACUCAGCUUGUCGUUAGAAAUUGCUCUUUCACAAGUGUUUUCCAGCUACCAUUGCAUCCCCUUCCUCACAUGAGGAGAAUUGAUGUGUCUGACAAUAACAUUAUUGGCCAAAUCCCCAGUAACAAUAUCAGUUCAGUUUUACCUAAUUUGCAAUUUCUAAACUUGUCUGGAAACCACAUUCAAGGUUCAAUCUCUCCUGAGUUUGCGCAAAUGAACUUAUUGGAUACAUUGGAUCUCUCGGAAAAUCGUUUAUCAGGAGAAAUUCCGAAGAACAUAUCCGGGGACAGGUCUCUGCUCAAAUACUUGAAACUUUCACACAAUAAGCUAUAUGGACAGAUAUUUCCAACUUUGAAAUCCUUGGAGCAGCUGUAUUUAGAUGACAAUAGCUUUUAUGGUAGUAUACCAAGUAGCUUUUUAAACUCAUCUCUCGAACACUUGGAUCUAAGCAAUAAUAAUUUAGUGGGGAAGCUACCAAGUGUGGUAGGAAAUUUGUCAUACUUGCUAACGCUUUCAUUGUCCAACAAUCAUCUUGAAGGAUCUAUUCCUACAAGGCUUGUGGAGCUUGGAAAUCUAGCAUAUCUAGAUAUAUCAAACAAUAAUUUGACAGGUUCUGUGCCAUCUUUUGUCAAUUCUUCAGUGAAUUACAUCUAUUUGAGCAACAACAGGUUAAGUGGUUUAUCCAAAAGAAUGUUCAGUAAAAGGUCUUUCUUAAUGAUGCUCGACCUUAGCUACAAUGAAAUAACCAACAGCAUUCAAGAUAUGAUACAAGACCUUUCUGAUACAAGGUUGAACAUACUCAUUUUGAAAGGUAACCGCUUUACAGGGCAUCUACCAAAGCAGUUAUGCCAAUUGGUAGGCUUAAGUAUACUAGACCUUUCUUAUAACAAUUUUGUUGGUUCAAUACCCAAUUGCUUGGGCAAAAUGUCUUUUGAGAGUACUGACCCUGCCUCAUCAAAGGCUGCAUUUAAUGGCUUUCUUCGUGGAGAGAAUAGCAAUGCAGGAGUUUUAAUACCAAAUAUACACGCGAAAGCAAACUUCACUACGAAGAAAAUAUCCUACACAUAUUCAGGGAGCAUCCUUGCUUAUAUGUCUGGAAUUGAUUUAUCCACAAAUAAACUAAAUGGGAGUAUUCCAUUUGAGCUUGGAAACUUGACAAGAAUUCGUGCAUUGAACUUGUCUCACAAUGAUUUGAUUGGACAAAUUCCAGCUACAUUCUCCAAAUUAUCAGAAAUAGAGAGUUUAGAUCUUUCUUUUAACAUGUUGAGUGGCCAAAUUCCUCCUCAGCUAAACGAGUUGAACUCUCUUGCUGUAUUUAGCGUUGCACACAACAACUUAUCUGGUGAAACACCCGAACGAAAAGGCCAGUUUAUUACCUUCGAUGAAAGCAGCUAUGAAGGCAAUUCUCUUCUUUGUGGACCUCCAUUGCUAAAAAGUUGUUAUCCUCAAGCACAAUCACCUACCAUUUUUCCAAACGAAGACAAUGACAGUUCAGUGGACAUGAAUGUGUUUUGUGUAAGUUUUUUAGUGUCAUACGCAUCGGUAUUGCUGGUAAUAGUUGUGACUCUCUACAUUAAUCCUUAUUGGAGGCGAGCAUGGUUUCACUGUAUGGAGUUCAUCCUCUUAAAUUCUUAUUACUUUAUGGAGGAUUGUAGGAGGAGGUUUUCAAAUUCUAGAAAUAUGUAA